AUGCUGCAACUGGGAAGACCCUGCUUGGCCUGGCGGACUUGUGUUCUGAAGGGGCCCGCCCGUGUGUGCCUUCUUCGUGCCGCAGCUCCAUUGCAACGGGAGUUCCGCUUCGUCACCACCAGUGCAGCGGCAGGAAAGGAAGCCAAGGCGAAGAGCAUCUCUCAUGACUUCACUGACUCCACCGUGGCCUUUGAGUCCAAGACCCUGUGGGAGCUCGUUCGUGCUUAUUGCGUGUUCCAGACUUGCGCCAUUGGUCCAAUCGUGCGUCACUGCGACACACUCUACGACUACUCGCUCAAGAUCCUCGGUGCCAGGCUAACUCAUCUCCUCCUCAGAAAGACCUUCUUCGACCAUUUCUGUGCAGGAGAAACCAGCCAGGAGAUAGUGCCUCGAAUGCACGAGCUUCGCAGAUACAACGUUGGAGGCAUUUUGGACUAUGCGGCAGAAGCAAAAGACGGAGAACUGCCGGAAAUCGUGAAGCCGACGGAAGAAGUCAGUGAGGAGGAGAUUGUCGGAGCACCAAUGAGCAGCCGCAGCUACGACUACAAGAAUGAGGCACUUUGCGAUGCGAAUGCUCGGAUAUUUCGGACAGCUGUUCGUGCAGUGAAAGACGCAACACCAGACGGCUUUGCUGCGAUCAAGUUGUCUGGCCUGGGGAACCCACAGCUGCUUGAGCGGAUGUCUACCUGCCUUGGGGAGAUCUGUCGAUUGUACAAACGGCUCUCGCACGACGAUGAGGUUUCCGAGCCGUUCUAUGCCAUAGACCGGUCUUUCAAAAUGGAUUUCGAAACCUUUAAGACGGGCUGGCUCAAGAUGUUUGAGGGCAAGACUGAGGCCGAGCUCAAGUCCAUGUUCGAGACGAUGGACACCGAUGGAGAUGGGCAGAUCAGCUAUCUGGAGUGGUCAUCGAGUGUCAAACUGUCCGAAAUCAACGAGCUGGUGCGAGGGUGCAAGCACCGAGGACGACUGCACCGUGCUGCACUCAACGAAGAGGAGCUCCAGUUGUACAGAAACAUGCUGCAGCGGGUUCAGGGAAUCCUGGAUCUGGCCCAGGAACUCGGAGUACGCGUAAUGAUCGAUGCGGAAUGGACUGACAUCCAGCCUGCAAUCGAUCACAUCACCAUCUUCAUGCAACGGAUAUACAAUGCAGGGGAGCUGCCGAUUGUUUACAAUACGUACCAGACGUACCUCAAGGGUAUGCCCACCAGAGUCCAGCGAGACCUACAAAGAUCCAGGCGAGAAGGCUGGCGCUUCGGAGCCAAGCUUGUGCGUGGCGCGUACAUGGUUUCAGAACGUGAGAAGGCACUCAAGCGAGAAUUAGAGUCGCCCAUAUGCGAGAGCUACGAGGAGACAGAGGAGAAUUUUCACACGUCCAUCGACUUGAUAUUGGACCAUGGGGAGGAUGGCAAGGGCCCAGGUGGUGCACCAGCAGAGGUGCUGGUGGCAUCUCACAAUCGCGGUUCCAUCGAGCGGACAAUCCGCAAGAUGGCAGAGCUCGGCGUAAGCCAGGAUCGCGUUGGCUUUGGGCAACUUCUGGGAAUGGCCGAUCAUCUCACAUUCACGCUGGGGCGCUAUGGCUACAGGGCCUACAAGUAUGUCCCUUAUGGACCCGUUGAUGAAGUCGUGCCAUACCUCAUCCGUCGCACGCAGGAGAAUUCCGCAAUUCUGGGAUCCCCCAGUGUUCAAGAGGAAAGGCACAUGGUGGGACGAGAGGUGGCGCGACGGCUGCGUCAAGGGAGCCACGUCAUGUACAUAGGCCCUGGGACACAGUACAGCAAUAGGCGUCUUGCUCGGAACUUCGAGGGCCUGUUCCCUGACCACGACUUGCAAAAGGAGCCGCACGUGGUCGUCACCCUCGCGCUACAGACCAAGCAUCGCCAGUCUGCGAUGUCCACUGAGAUGCUUUCCGAAAGGCAGGCAUGCUAUGGUCGACUGGUUGCACGAAUGCAGGCUUUCAAAGCGUACUUCGACUCUCGGCAGUUCAGUCCCCUACUCGACACUGAGAACACGCUCUGGGCGGACUUCAUUGAUCCAUCGUCGGGGGAGCCUUUCUACACUUCCACUUCCACCAGCUUGUUUGACUGUGACGAGAGGUACCGGAGCCUCGGAUUCGAGAUUCUGGAGCUGGGCUGCUGCCGGUCACUGUGCAAUAAGCGAUUUGGGCAGUGCUUGGUGAUGACCUCUGCAUUUGUGCAAGGCACAUCGGAAGACGUGCAGCCGGCACUCUUGCUGCUGGAGGAGCCAGCCAGCACGGCAGGUCCGCCAGAAGCCACCGAAGAGCAAGCUUCGAAAGCUGAUGCUGCUCAGCCAGCUUCGCGGACCCUGGAGGAGCCAGCCAGCGCGGCAGGUCCGCCAGAAGCCUCCGAAGAGCAAGCUUCGAAAGCUGCUGAUCAGUUAGAAACGAUUGAGCAAGGUACCGUCGCCGUCAACGACCUAGUUAGCGAGAGUAGGACCGCCUCUCGAACCUGGUAUGACAGAAGCAAGCAGCCCUAUGCAGAGACCGUUGCGAACUCGAUGGGGCGAGUCAUUUACAUCAUUGCAGACAUGUUCGUGGGCAAGUCGCAGAAGUGUCCGGUCAUAGCCGAGCCUGGCUGCUUCGACCAGGAAUUCACGUGCGAACGAUGCUGUGACACAAGGGCCAUUCCGAUCGGAGAGCUGAGCUGCUGGAUGGGUGACAUCCGCUUUGCGACCUGCUGUGGCCUCACCAAGCUUCGCUUCCAGGCUGCCGCAAUGCUUCCUGCAAUGGAUCACCUUUCUGGACCUCCAGCCACUUGUCCUCCAAAUGCACAGGCUCAUUGCUUUGAUCCCUACUUCCCUUGCGAGAGAUGUUGCGACACUCGCAGAGGCGCCCAGGGCGACCUCGCAUGCUGGCCGGACACGGCGUCGAUGGGCCUGCGGACACUCAGUUACAACUUCUGCUGCGGAUUGAUGCCGUUUGCCAGCAAUGAGCGUGUCGCUUGGUAG